AUGCAACAGGCUGUUGCCACAGAUGCUGCGCAGGAGAGUGAGGAUAAGAGAGAACAUCCUAGCACAUCACAAGGAGGAACGAAGGGUGGAGUGUUGGAAGAGGACUUGAGCAAUCCGGAGAGAUCCAGAAGGAAGGAGGGAAACUAUACAAACGAGAAGGACAAAUCCAUUUCAACUCAGACCGGGGUCCACCUUGAAAAAGAAGGACAAACAGGAAAUGCUCAUUUGAGAAUCCACACGGCAGAGAAACCCAGUCAAAGCUCAGAGUCUGUGAAAAGAGACUGUCUGAAAGAAUGUGGAAAGAGCUUUACUCAUAGGGCAUCCCUUAUUACGCAUGAAAGAAUUCACACAGGAGAGAAACCCUAUACAUGUAAAGAAUGUGGAAAGAGGUUUACUUGGAGGGCAUCCCUUAUUACGCAUGAGAGAAUUCACACAGGAGAGAAACCCUAUACAUGUAAAGAAUGUGGAAAGAGUUUUUCUCAGAGGGCAUCCCUUAUUACGCAUGAAAGAAUUCACACAGGGGAGAAACCUUAUAAAUGUUCUAUGUGCAGUGAAACGUUCCGUUACAGUAAUCAGCUUGCGAGACACCAAAGAAUGCACACAGGAGAGAAACCCUAUACAUGUAAAGUAUGUGGAAAGAGCUUUUCAUAUAGUUCAUCCCUUAUUAGGCACGAAAGAAUUCACACGGGAGAAAAACCCUUACAAUGUUCAACAUGUGCAAAAUGCUUCAAAACGAACUCAGACCUUUCCAAACAUAAAAGAAUUCACACAGGGGAGAAACCCUAUACAUGUAAAGAAUGUGGAAAGAGCUUUUCUCAGAUGACAUCCCUUACUACGCAUGAAAGAAUUCACACAGGGGAGAAACUUUUUACAUGUAAAGAAUGUGGAAAGAGCUUUUCUCGGAAGGAAUCCUUUAUUAUGCAUGAAAGAAUUCACACAGGAGAGAAACCCUAUACGUGUAAAGAAUGUGGAAAUAGCUUUUCUCACAGGUCAAUCCUUAUUACGCAUGAAAGAAUUCACACAGGAGAGAAACCCUAUACGUGUAAAGAAUGUGGAAAGAGCUUUUCUCAGAGGACAUCCCUUAUUAUUCACGGAAGAAUUCACACAGGAGAGAAACCCCAUACAUGUAAAGAAUGUGGAAAGAGCUUUUCUCAGAGGGCAACCCUUAUUACGCAUGAAAGAAUUCACAAGGGAGAGAAACCCCAUACGUGUAAAGAUUGUGGAAAGAGCUUUUCUCAGAGAACAUCCCUUAUUAUACAUGAAAGAAUUCACACAGGAGAGAAACCCCAUACAUGUAAAGAAUGUGGAAAGAGCUUUUCUCAGAGGCCAAACCUUAUUAUGCACGAAAGAAUUCACACAGGGGAGAAACCUUAUAAAUGUUCUAUGUGCAGUGAAACAUUCCGUUACAGUAAUCUGCUUGCGAGACAUCAAAGAACUCAUGCACAGGAGACUCCCUAG